UCCGACUGUCUCAUCGUCCACUACCCAGCUGAGCAUAGCAGAGAGCAGUCAGCCCGUCGUGUCUCUACCCGAGGCCGGAUGGUAAAAUCCAACCUCCAGCGGAUCCUAAACAGUCAUUGCUUUGCUCGCGAGAAAGAAGGAAAACCACAGACUUUUACUACCAUGGCGGACUUGAGUAGCGGUAUUUGUGACAUGAUUGGGAAUCUGUCCCUGCACUGUAGUAGUACCCGCGGCCCGGGGCCUCUGUGGUGCUCCGAUGCCCCUCUCCCACCCCUGAAGAUCCCAGGUGGGCGAGGGAAUGGCACACGGGAUCACACUCCUUCAGCUCGGCCACUCUACUCAGACCGAAAGCUGACUGUAACGGAGGAGCCAGCAGGGAACGGUCGCCCUAGGAUACUCCACUUCCAAAGUCGUCCCACCAUUUCCAAGACAAUACAGUGGGAUGCUGUCCUGAGCAGCAGCGCACUCUACGUGGAGAUACCUCUUGACCCUCUUCCUGAAGGCAGCAAGGAGAGUUUUGCGUCUCUCCUGGAAUAUGCCGAAGAACAUCUGAAAGUCGUUAGCGUGUUUGUCUGCUUUUACAAGAACAGAGAUGAUCGUGCUAAACUGGUGCGUACAUUCAGUUUCCUGGGCUUUGAGAUUGUGAAACCGGGCCAUGCCCUCGUCCCACCGCGACCCGACGUUUUCUUCAUGGCCUACAAUUUUGACAGGGACUCCUCGGACGAGGAGUAGCCCCCCGGACAACCCCUCCGCCCUCUGCUAACUUCCCAUUGUACGUUUGUCCAUCCCGUCCCAGCUGACUCAUACACACCACCGUCUGUGUUAAACCCUCAGCGGUAGCUCUCUGUAUGCAAGUAUUCAUUUCCCCAUGUGUUUUGUGUUCAAGGGAAUAUGUAAAUUGUGCAUUUUUCCACCAUUUAUCUUUCCUGUGUUAAACUGUUUUUCAUUUAAGUUUAAUUGGUGUUGUCACCUUAAAAGGAGGGAACCUUUUUGUUUUUUUGGACUUUAAAUCAUUACAGUUGUUGAAGCUAUAAGUUAAAUUCUGGUAUAAUUUCCAUUUUUUGUCAAGUCUUUGUUUUUAUUGAUUUUUCCUUUUAUGAUACAUUAAGGUGGAGGAUUCUUCAUUUCUUGAAUGUACAAAAAAAGGUCAUCAGGUUUACACUCGGGUACUCCAGCUUUUGUUUUGAUUGGCUAAAUAAUGACUUUAAAUUUGUCCCAUAGUUUCUCUAUAACAAAUACAUUUCAGCGGGACCAGUUUUAUUUGUAGCAUUAAUCUCUUCUCAAAAGUAUUAGGAUUUUUAAACGUAACUUUUGAGCGACAGCCCCAAUAAUUGGUACUUCGUAGCUGGAUAGUGAAUCCAUUUAGACUCGAGUUGGAGUGAAAAGAUGAAUGCACGUCUGAUGUGGGCGGUUCAAGUAAAAGAUCCUACAGUGAGUGAAUUGGUACAAAGUGAAUAAUCCAAAGUGCGUUUUUGCUUCUUUAUGCCAUGUAUAUCUGACAACAUUGUAGUAUUUUCUGUUUUGAAGGUUAAAAAAAUGCUGUGAUAUGAUUGGAUUUGUUUUUCUGGAUUAGCAUUCCUUUUAACUAUUUUUUUCAUAUGAUAGUUAUGAGUUUGUUGUUCACCUGCAUAGUGGUACCUGUUGUGCUUCUGUGAUAAUAAAACAAAUAAAAACAAC